GGGAGGGGGAUGAAGAAAGAGUAUAUAGCAUGGGGAGUGGCGCUGCUCUGUUUCGUAAUACUCAUGCUCAUCACACCUUCCAUUCCUCAGUCUCAAGACUAUCAUGAUUUUGCCGAUCAACGCCAAUUUCUAGGUAUACCAAAUGCGUUGAAUGUGAUUUCAAACUUUCCGUUCCUGGUGGUUGGUCUCGUAGGCCUUAUACUUUGCUAUCAUGGCAAUUAUUUUAAGCUCAGCUUGCAAGGGGAACUUUGGGGAUGGACUUGCUUUUUCGUAGGUGUGGCUGCUGUUGCUUUUGGAUCCGCCUACUAUCAUUUAGAGCCGAAUGAUUCUCGCCUUGUGUGGGACCGGUUGCCUAUGACUAUCGCAUUCACAUCAAUUGUUGCAAUUUUCAUUAUUGAGAGAGUUGAUGAACGGAAAGGAUCCGUGUCGAUUAUCCCCCUUGUCCUGGCAGGUGUAGUGAGCAUCUUAUAUUGGAGAUUUUUUGAUGACCUGCGACCUUAUGGAUUGGUGCAGUUUGUUCCCUGCAUUGCCAUCCCUGUCAUGGCUGUCUUGUUGCCUCCAAUGUACACACAUUCUACAUAUUGGCUUUGGGCGGCAGCGUUUUAUCUUAUAGCCAAAGUAGAGGAAGCUGCUGAUAAACCAAUUUAUGGAUGGACUCAUCACAUUGUAAGUGGACACACCAUAAAACAUCUAUUCGCUGCUAUGGUUCCUGUCUUCUUGACGCUUAUGCUGGCUAAGAGAAGUAUAGAGACAAAUAGGCAAAGCUUGCUACAAAUAUGGAAAGUUUCAUGGACAAAGGUCAAAACAAAUGAUAUAGAGACAGAGAGUUUAACAUGCAGCUACUCUGACGUUCCGGUAGAAGACGAGCGCUAAUGCAUUACACCAGCAGCUUUUGACUCAAAUUGUUUUAUAUUGUUACAUUUACUUGCGAGAAACAUAGAAAUUAUACACGUGACUUAAAUAUAUAUUUAGUUAGUGCAAAAGAUAUUUAGUUGCUGCAAAAGACGAUUUCAAUCAUUUUGGUGGUGAUGUGCAUAAGUUACCAUUACAUUAUAAAUCUAAUUCUGCUUUGCAUAA